AGAGCUUCCAAAGCCACACCCACGGGAAGAGGCCACGGAAAGUCAGAAACAGCUAAAGAAGAAGUCCCAUUUCAGUCUUUACAAGAUCUGCAAUUUAUAGAAUUUCUUUUUUUGCUUUUAUUAUUACUUCAAUAUUUCUCAAUUCAUUUUCAAUCAUGACCAAAAUGUUUUCAAAAUUACACCAAGCAUCUGAUAAGGCCCGAAGGAUUCUUUUAGGAGCCAGAAACAACCCGCUUUUUUCUGUGUGUUUCAGGAGCCACGUAAACAUGGCGGAGCAAAGCUCCUUUUCUAAAGUUCAGGCUCUUUACGAACUCUGCACUACCACCUUCACGCCUUUGGGGAUUCCUUCUUCUUCUUCCCCAGCUAUCAGCAAGCUCUGUUCUCUUUUGGACACUGUUCAUGCUGCUGAUGUAGGGCUUAAAGAGGAAAAUCCAGAUGAUGAUCGGGGGCAUGGCUUUUUUGGACUGAACCGAUUAAGUCAGGCGGCUCGAUGGACUCAACCAAUUACAUACAUAGAUAUUUAUGAGUGUGAUAGUUUUACAAUGUGUAUAUUCUGCUUUCCUACUUCCUCAGUAAUUCCGCUCCAUGACCAUCCUGGCAUGACUGUUUUCAGUAAAGUUCUCUAUGGCUCCUUGCAUGUGAAAGCUUAUGACUGGGUUGAACCUACCUGCAUUUAUAAAAGCAAGGGAUCUAGUUAUCCACCAGUAAAGUUGGCAAAGUUGGCAGUUGAUAAAGUUUUGACAGCUCCAUGCGGAACAUCAGUCUUGUACCCAAAAAGUGGGGGGAAUCUCCACUGUUUCACUGCAGUCACCCCUUGUGCUGUGCUUGACAUUCUCACACCAUCUUACAGGGAAGAUGCUGGGAGGAAAUGUGCGUACUACCACGAUUACCCUUAUUCCUCCUUCUCUACAGGAAAUGGAACUGAGAAGAGUGAUGGAAAAGAAGAAGACUAUGCAUGGCUUGCACAGAUAGGAACUCCAGACAAUCUUUAUAUGCGUCAAGGAGUAUAUACAGGCCCGGCUGUUAAUGUUUAGCUCUUAUUUUCAGUAAAGUCCAUACAGAUAUCAAAUUCUAGUACCUCUAAAUGAAGCCAAUAGUCUUUAUCAUUUGAUCCAAUUGCUAAGAUCUAUGCUUGCACUGAAUUAUUUGAAAAUGUGGAUUCUAAUGCCUAAUUAAUUAGACAAUUAUGUUUGCAA